CUCAUCUUCUCAAAUACAUUUAAUAAUAGUACGAUGAAUAUAUUACCUAACAGAUUCACAUGGAGUAUAAAAUAUUAUGUGUAAGGUAGUAGUUUUUGCGCAGUUUUAUUGUUGUCAUACACAGUUGUCAGCCGUAUAAACAUUAUAAACAAAUCAAAUUUCCUACGAAAAAUUUUCAUAUGGAACCUUGAAAAAUCUGUAAGGUGUAUAGUGUGCUCGUGACUGUAGAUGAAAAUGUGUGCGUUGCAGUUUGCUUUCCUGUUUUUCAGUUUUUGCGCUCUUUUCAAGAAUGGAAAUUCUUUGGAAUGCUUCUCGUGCAGUUCUCAACUGGGAGCAAACGGGUUGAACAGAAACUGUGAAGAAUUGUCAUGGUACGACACCCACAAGAAAACACAAUGCUACUUUGCAGAUUCAGUUUGUGCCAAAUACGUCGUGGAUCAUAAUGGUGAAAGAUGGAUCCAUCGCUCCUGCCAGCAUUACGAUGUCUGCUCCUUCCUCCAAACCAAGUACAACAAUGACAUGAAUCUGCUGCUAGAAUGUUCCGUGUGCUCAGACAAAGAUAUGUGUAAUGGAUCUCCACAAGCGAGAUAUUUUCCAUUAUUUCUGAUAUCGGGCAUGACAGUGAUGAUAUCUAGAUUAGUUAAUUGACGAUCCAUACGAGAGAUUUGCUGAGUAAAUUGAUAACAAAAUGACUAACCGAAUUUUAGGAUAGCUAGGAAGGAGAACUUAGGUAUUUAUGAUAUCUGACGAAAUGUGAAAAUAUAAUGCUGAUUAUCAAUAAACUAGACGUACAACUGACUUGACUCAUAAUAGCAAACAAUCAAAAUUAUUGCUUUGCUUAUCAAAGCAAUACAUCUUCGCAUUAUACAUUCAGGAUCAAUCAAAGGUUUUCUUUUGCGAUACUCGAAUUCAAAAUGUUUGCAGUCCGACUUUUUGAAGCCUACAUUACUAUAGCCUAGUAGCAAUGAUAUAAUAAAGCUGUAGCUCUUCUUGUGGAUAUUCGUUUUUCUCAUUUAUCCGAUAGCUCUACUAUGAUAAGAAUACAUAAAAUUAAGGAUGAUAACGCAUGUGUUUCAUUGCCCUCUUUACCAUUUCUACCUCAUAUCGAUUUCUAUAAGUCUUUUA